AUGGGUGAUCUUAACGAAUACAAUUUUAUACUAGAUGCUUCAUCCUUGGAGAAAGGAUUAGGUAACAUCAAAAGAUGGUGUCAAGAAGCUCGUGGUAAAAUUGUGCUGAGGUUAUACAUUCCAACGUAUACCUUACAGGAGUUAGAUUUCUUGAAGUACAAGAGGAAAAGUUUUGGGGCUAGAGAGGCACUCAAGUUUAUCGAUCAGGCAACUAGUGAAUAUCCCGAUAUUAUAGUGGAAUUUCCUGAAACUUUAGACGUUGUUCUUUGGUCAGAAAUUACAUCAUCAGUAGACGAUAAACAUGCGGAUAUGUUAAACAGAUUACCACGUCGUUUUAAGAAUCUACUGAAAAGUUGUAUUUACAAAUGUCAAUUGGAGGAGAAUCGUUUGAAAUGGAUCUUAGUGGCUGAAGAUCCCAAAGUUAAAGAACUAGCCGAUAUUUGCUCAAUUCCAUGUUCUUCCCUAGUGAUUGCAGAAUCGACAUUGUCAAGAGAAACGAAUAGAAGGCAAUAUCAUGAGGGUCAAAAAUUUAACAAUAUGAUCCAAGUGAAGGGCAAUGGAGAAUCGCUGAUUGGUGGUAAAAAAGUCGUUCGUACAAAUUUCGACAAUACGGUUUACGCAUCAAGAGGUAAAGGUUCCUUAUGGGAGCCUUGA